GAGUGGCGUCGAGUGUCGACCGGUCGGAUGUCCGCGGAGGGCGGCGGCUACUCGCCGUGUCCGGCGGAGGCGCUGCCGGAGCUGAGCGCUGCCGAGCUGGCGAUGAGCCUGUCGCCCAAGUCGGCGCUGCUGCAGCAGAACCUCUCCCAGCUGCAGCUCCAGCACUCCACGCCUUUCUCCGUCACCGACAUCCUGUCGCCUAUCGAGGAAUACCGCAAGUUGGAGCUGGCGAACAACCCGCCUUCUCCGUACAGGUCUAAUUCAUCGGGUAGCAGCAUCAACUCGCCGCUAGGUCCAGCGGCGUCUUGCGGCAUGGCUGCUAACCCUUAUGCCGUGCCGCUGUACGGCGGAGCGCCCGUGCAGGGUUACGGCUGCGCCCCCGCAGAUUUGCCCCACUACGGGGACAUGCGGGGCGCAAGCUGGUACCCAGCCUCAAACGACCCCAGGUUUGCCAUUUCCAGGCUGAUGACCUCGACGUCGGGCGGGAUGGGACACGUCAAUAACAUGGGCGGCCUGGCGGCCUGCGCUGGACCAGAUGCCAAGCCCAUGCAAUUUCCCCUGGCACAGAGACGUAAGCGACGAGUGCUGUUCACGCAAGCACAGGUAUACGAGUUGGAGCGACGGUUCAAGCAGCAGAAAUACCUGUCUGCACCCGAGAGGGAGCACCUCGCUUCACUCAUACAUUUAACCCCAACACAGGUCAAAAUAUGGUUUCAAAAUCAUCGCUACAAGUGUAAGCGACAAGCAAAGGAGAAGGCGAUGGCAGAACAAAACCAACAUAAUCAGUCUGCAUCAUCACCACGCCGGGUGGCGGUACCGGUGCUGGUAAAGGACGGCAAGCCUUGCGGCUCUGGGGAGUCCUCGUCACCAGCGCAUAGCCACUGCGCGACGCCCACCUCCGGGUACUCGGCCCCGCAACCUUCGCAGGCGGCUUGCAGCAACCCCCUGGUGUCCUCCUACCGCCAGCCCACUGCCUACCAGCAGCAAUGCUCAGGGUACCUCCCGCUUCAGGGCCGGGCUUGGUAGAAGUUCCCACAGCUUUACCACGAGACAAUGUUCAAAGAGGAGAUGUACUUCGAUUAAAUGAUUUGUCGUUAUUGUUUAGUCUUGACGGAUGUCAUUAAUGUGUUGCCAUAUUUAAAGGUUUCUAAUGUCAUAGUUAUAUUUUACGUCUAAUAGUUGAUUUGAAGAAAUAUUGUAGUGUUUGUGAUUUGUUUAAUUAAUAGUCUUAUAUAGAGAUGUCUUUAAAAGGAACAUUGUCAGUGGUAAAGCGGUGGGCAGAGCUACCAAAAUUGGACUUAGUGUUGAAAAAGUGAUUCAGUGAUUUAAGUGAAAAUGACCGAACAUUGGACAAACGCUUAGCGGUAUUGUGGAGGUGGGUCCUGUAAAUAUUCAGUUAUAGAUAAGCACCACAGAGGAUUUGACUUAAGUUUUUUUUUUUUGUAAAUUAUUACAGUGAAUACCUUUCUUUCAGCCUCAUACGAUAAUUUCUUUCAUAAUAAAAUACUACAAUUUCAAAUAGCGCUUUAAAGUUGGACAUUUAAUUUAUUUUAUUAAAAUAUCUGUUACUCCGCUAUACAGCUACUGAAUAUUCACUAACUGGCCCUUAGAACGGAGAAAAAUAAAAAUGCCAUGUGUAUAAAUGCAUUUUACCAUAAAUACAGACUAAAAUGGCUAAUAAGUCAUUAAUUUCCGUAUUUGUCGUAUCUUGUUUCGAUAUUAAU